AUGGGGCUGGAGCCGCUGUUCCAGGCCUGGAGCUACUUCAGGCGGAGGAAGUUCCGGGAGUGCGCGGAUGUCUGCUCGCAACUGCUGGAGAGGCCGCCCGGCGAGCAGGAGCUUGAUUCUGAAUACACUGUGUUUCAGGCUGCCUGGAGCCUGAAAACACGAGCUUUGACAGAAAUGGUGUAUGUGGAUGAAAUUGAUAUGGAUCAAGAAGGAAUUGCAGAGAUGAUCCUGGAUGAAAAUGCUGUUGCUCAAGUUGCACGACCAGGAACAUCUUUGAAACUUCCUGGAACUAGCCAAGGUGGAGGCCCCAGCCCAGCUGUUAGGCCAGUAACUCAAUCAGGAAGACCUAUUACAGGAUUUGUGAGACCCAGCACACAAGGUGGACGGCCAAGCACCAUGGAGCAGGCGAUAAGAACACCUCGAACAGUUCUCACAGCUCGUCCAAUCACUAGUGCUUCUGGGGGAUAUGUCAGGCCGGGCACGGCUUCAAUGCUAACAAAUCCAGAUGGCCCUUUCAUAAAUCUGUCUCGACUGAAUUUAACAAAAUAUGCUCAGAAACCCAAACUGGCAAAGGCAUUGUUUGAAUAUAUCUUCCACCAUGAAAAUGACAUAAAAAAUGCUCUAGAUUUGGCAGCCCUUGCCACUGAGCACGCACAGUUCAAAGACUGGUGGUGGAAAGUCCAAAUUGGAAAGUGCUACUAUAGGUUGGGAUUAUAUCGUGAAGCCGAAAAACAAUUUAAGUCAGCCCUCAAGCAGCAGGACAUGGUUGAUACGAUCUUGUAUUUGGCAAAAGUGUAUUUGCGCUUGGAUCAGCCUGUAACAGCUUUGAACCUUUUCAAGCAAGGGUUAGAGCGAUUUCCUGGAGAAGUGACUCUUAUUUGUGGAAUUGCCAGAAUCUACGAGGAAAUGAACAAUAUCUCCUCGGCUGCAGAGUACUAUAAAGACGUCUUAAAACAAGACAAUACUCAUGUGGAAGCCAUUGCAUGUAUUGGCAGUAACCAUUUUUACUCAGACCAACCUGAGAUAGCACUGCGGUUUUACAGACGGCUCCUGCAGAUGGGUGUUUAUAACUGCCAGCUCUUUAACAAUCUGGGCCUCUGUUGCUUCUAUGCCCAGCAAUAUGAUAUGACACUAUCUUCAUUUGAACGGGCACUGUUUUUGGCUGAAAAUGAGGAGGAGACAGCAGAUGUGUGGUACAACUUGGGACAUGUGGCUGUGGGCAUAGGAGACCUGAAUCUGGCUUACCAGUGUUUCAAGCUGACAUUAGUCAACAAUAAUGACUAUGCAGAGGCUUACAACAACUUGGCUGUGCUGGAAAUGCGAAAAGGUCACACUGAACAGGCAAAAGCUUUGCUGCAGACUGCUUCAUCUUUAGCACCUCACAUGUAUGAGCCCCAUUUCAAUAUUGCCAUACUCUCAGAGAAGGUUGGAGAUCUUCAGAGAAGUUACACAGCAGCUCAAAAGUCUGAAGAAGCGUUUCCAGGCCAUGUUGAUACACAGCAGCUCCUCAAACAGUUAAAAGAGCAUUUUGCUAUGCUCUGA